GAGCCAGGGCUCUUGCGCGGUUUGCCCUGCUGCAGGCGCGCAGUGCAGCCGCCGGUAUACCGCCAACACAGUCGCGGCUCGGCGAUGUUUCAGCUGAGCUGAGCGCACGAGGGACGCUCGUGUCGCCGGCGCAGGCGGUUUCUUUCGGUGCUUUCUCCUCGUACUUGUCAAAUUUCUACCCAGGUUCUGUCGUUGGUCCUUGUUCCCUGCCCUCCCUCCGACGAGCCACGCGCGAUAUCACAAGUACCGUCGAGGAGCCAGCAACGACGACGUGAUCAAUCAUGCCGGCUGUACCAGCUGUGGCCGAGGCUGCCGAGCCGCUGGAGGACCUGGACGAACCACCAGAGCCACGGGUUCGAGGAGGCAGCGGACGUGCUGGCCUCAUGAAGCCGUUGGUUGUCCUAGCACUUCCUGGCAUGUACCUUUUCUACAAGUACAGCCAGUACAGACGGGAACAGCGUGAACUAUCGCGGAGAAGAGUCACCGAGAGGGAACUUCAGCAUCUUCAUCACAAAAUCGAUAAACUGUUAACAAAGCUAGAGGAGAACGAGCCAGAGUUAGCCUCUUCGCAGGAAGAUGAGUGUGUGAUCUGCGUGAACGCCAGAGCUACGAUGCAAACGGCUCCAUGUGGGCACCGUGUGGUCUGCAGGCGCUGUUUCGUCAAGACGAUACAAAUGGCCGUUUCGCAGAGGCUUCUACCUCUGAGAUGCGUCAUAUGCAGAGCGAAGAUCCUGCGUUUGAAGCAGACUCUAAUUCCACGGGACUACUCGAUGUCAGGGAAGUCCUGGGUGCUGCCACAGAGUGCGUCAGAGUACAACAUGGGCACGGGAGUGUCUGUAGGGGUGACUGGUCCAGGUGGCAGAUGGCUUCCUGGAAAUGUACCAGCCUCUGCGUCUCUGUAUUCUAUGGCGAGCGGCUCAUCCUCUAUUUCUGGAGUGUCUUCCGUAUCUUCGUCGAGUUCGUCUUCUGCAAGUAGCACAGGAAGUUCCAGUCUAGGGAAACCUACAAGGGUGAGGCAACCUUCUGGAGCGACCUUAAGACGUUCGCAGACGCAAUCUAUGAAACUGAGGAUUCAGGAGUACCAGGAUCCUGUUCAGCAAGUUACCGAAGAGGAGGAAGUCAUGAGGGAAAACCGGGAACGUAGAUUGCCACCGAUCAAGGAGUUCCAAAGGGACUAUCGCGCAGGGAAAGCCUCUACUAGGAUACGAUGUGCUCAAAAAAUCGUAACCCAACUAGAAACAUCACCGAGUCCUAGAGGCUCGACCAGCGGGGCAACCUCGACGUCUGGGUCGUUAGCGAGAACGUCGACGAAGAGGCCGCAAUCGACACCGAAGUUGUCGGUGGUUCAAGAGGUCCAGAAAUCAAAGAAGGAGAAAGAGAGGGAGAAGGAGCGCGAGAAGGCUGAGAAGGCUCGUCAGAAGGAGGAGGAGAAAGCGGAGAAAACCAGGCAGAAAGAAGCUAAGAAACUGGCGAAGGAGGAAAAGAAGAGAGCCAAGAAGGAAGCGAAAGCGAGGCGAAAGGAGGCCGAGGAGGCCCUCCUCAGGGAAGAAAAGUAGUCUUCUGUCGAGUAGGAACAACGUAGAGUUCAGAGUGAUCAAUAACGUAUUCCAAAAGCCCGGGCGACUCUCUCGAUCCCAAUGGAACGAAGGACUUUGAAUACACUUGAUCUCUUCACUCCCGGGAUACGUUCAAGAUGAACCGCAAACCCGGUCGCUACCGAAAUCAAACAUUCACGUGCGUUUUGUAAUUCUUAGAGUCCAAUUUAGAGGUAGUUUUCUUCCCGAGACGUGUCUGCUUCGAUUCCUUCGAAUCGAGACUGGACGGGGUCGCCGUUGUACUAGCGUUUCAUUCCAGGGAGAGAUGGUCUAUUUACCGAGCGUACCGUUGCUUCGUUCGUCGGGCGAUUAGAAUAAGGCGUUUUAACGUUUUAUAAAAGAACAGGCCAACGCGUUUUGCGGCGCAUCUUGAACCACCAACGAUCCCGGGGGAGCAGCGAACGUAUAGCGACGGUAGAGAAGUAUACCUAAGAAAACCUAGAAGCGGCCAAACUUAGCAACCUGUCAUAUCGAGUUAUUGCGGACUAAUAAUACUAAUCGAUAGGAAGACUCGAGAGCAUAGCGGCUACGUUGCUAUUAUUUGAUUAAUCGCGUAAUCUUCACCCUACCCAAAUCCCUUUAUCCUAAACGUUUCCUUUUUAGGAACAGUAACCGCGUGACGUUUGUCGUUACUUUUUUAUAGGCCAUCCGUCAGUUCGUACUUAAUGUCUAUCGUUUUAGCGGUGAAGGAACGCCAAUCCAAGACCUAUUUUUCGAAUCUGCUUCACAGACAAUACUUUGUGGACGUAGUUUGUUUCGCAGUUGAUCAUCGCCGACUACCAAGAACACGCGGGAACGUUUAUUAACGAUGAACCUGUUCCUCCAGUCGUAGUCGGUUCGAACUAGCCAUCGUUCCAUCGAUAGAUAACCCAGGUCUCAUUCAUCAUUUUUCAGAUACGGAACGUAAAACGGCAGGUUCAACGAGGAAAAUCAAACGCGACUAUUCUGCUAAACCUCGCUCGACGGUAUUGAAUAUCAAAUGUCUGUAUUCAUUUUAGCGACUACCUAGAGAUAACGCGAAAACGUCUCGGUAAUUAUUUACGAUUGUACCUACCUCACCGAUUUCAAUGACUUUGAAUUACGUUGCAUGCGGGAUGCCUUUUAGUAUCUUUUUGUAAUAAAAAGAACAUCACUCUAUCUCUUAAUUUCCACGAUAUACCUUCUUGUUGCAAAUAUGUAAUGAGUUUUCAACACUUUCGUGUCAGCAGGAUUCAUGUAAGUUACUGUCACCGUCACACGUUAUAUUGUUUGGCGAUGUACAGUAAAUCAUAAUAAUCAUUGCCGUUUUUUGACUCAAUCGUCUGUUUUAUAUGAAACGAUAUAUGUAAAUAAAUAUGAUUUUGUGUACUUAUUUCAAAGACGUAGUUAAAUACUUUUUAUUUUAUACUGUACAAUAUUUUCUUACUAGUCUUCUAUCAAAUAUAAUACUUUUAUAUUUUCACUCGCCUCUCUACGUAUUUAAUAUUUCUUUUUUACAUAAUAGCAUGCAACACAGUCUCCUAAAUGUACAGCAACUUUACGAGAUUUACACAUGAAAUUUGUCAUUUUUCUCAUCUUAGGUGAGUAACAUACAUAACAUCUUUUUCUUCUACGUUUAUCACUCGAGGGAGUCGAAACCGGUCGAUGCUUUUUUAAGUCUCGAGAGAGUUUCUGAAGUGGAUCAUGAUGUCGAGUUUAUGAUGAUGUGGCAAAUUCUAAAGUCUCGCGUAUGACAUCACGUUGGCGUCGCCGAACGACAAUGUGUUAUGGUUCUUUCCGAGCACGUUGGAUUACCUAUUGAUGGGUUUACGUUUGGAUUUUGCAAACAAAACUCGAUACAAAACACAGAAUGAGGAUUUAAGUAUUUCGUUUAACGAUAAUGUAACGAAGCUCUACGAGUUUUUAGCAAUAUGCAAUGAUAUAAUUAGACUAUUGAACAAUUUAAUUUAGACUAAUUAAAUUGAUACAUACAAUACAAACAUGUGCAUACUAGAAUAGGUUUGACGUCAGUAAAUAUUACUGACGUAUUCUGGAUCUUGAUUUUUACUAACGAAUGCAAGACGAACUAUACCUCGUCGUGCAUAUUGGAUUAUGCUACAGUUAUCAGCAAAUGUUUACACGCAAAAUCAACUCACAAUUCUGCCCAGAAUCAUAGGAUUCUAAUUAAUAUAUUUCGGAAAACAAGAGCGAAGAGCAUUUUUUCGUCAAGAAAAAACACUCAAAAACUUCACCCCAUCAACAUGUUUCAUGGUCAUUGAAAUCGAGGAGCUAUUACGACGAUUGUAAAUAAUUACCGAUGUUUCUUUCGUUUCCAUCCCCCGCCAAUUUGUUUCACGCUCUCUCCAUGAGGAAAGAGUUCGUCCCAUUACGGGGAGGCGACGAGCUUCGCGUACACGAAGAUAGCCUAAUCGAGGAACGCGCGAACGAGCGUCCGUUUCACGACGUCGAUAGUUUUAAAUUAUAGUACAAUACGAUAGGUAAACGUCGAAGCAGAGUUUCGAGUGCAGUGCGUGUCUCGUUACUGACUCCGUGAUUACCGUAGAUGCGUAGCGUUUCACGAACCGAUUCGUUAAUUCCUCUUCUCUCGCUCGAGACGCAGAUCGAGAGACUCGAUUAAUCGAUCGACUACUUACUCGACUAACACCCCUUCGCCAAGUUACCCUAAUCGCUGUUUAAGAUGUCGUGACCCUUUCACUGGGCAAAACGAAGCGAAACGAUUUGUUACGAACACUUGCGUCGAAGCCUAUAGCGUUUGUUAUUAUUUAUCAUAAUACAAAGCUGCCUCCUUUGUUUUGUUUUUUUUCAUACAUCUGCGAUAAGGAUACUUGGAACGUAAUUACGUUCAACAUUGUUUAUGUUUCUUCGACUCGAGCGAUUCGUAUCUCAUUAACCUUUUUGUGUCUUGUCUCUAUUUCUUGAAUGCGAAUUUGGAAGCGAUUUUGACGCUUUCUCGAAGGUAGAUAGCGAUUCAUACCUCGAGCUCAAGUCGAACGAUUUGUGAUUUUAGAAUUAAAUUUUUACUCCAGGCGGGAGUCGACGUUAUAUUAUGGUUUACACUUCGCGACAAAGUAACGGGAUAUCCUUGAUCAUUUUCUGGUUCUCAAAAUUGAUUGUAUGUAGACAAGUUUUAUAUACAGGCGUGUAAACAGUGAUCCUUCACAGCCAUUGUUCACAUAGUUUUCCAAGUUUUUGUUUACGUGAUAAACGAGUGCAACAAAAGAGUAGGACACGUACGAUAUAAAUACGACUUUCAUUUAUUUUCAGUAAUGUGUUUACUUUCCUUUCACCUCUAACUUUAAACUUUUUUGUAAUGCUUUAUACAGUAAUUUGAAAUUGCUUCUCGAAUCAAACUGUUAGCUCUUGGACAAAAUCAUAUUGUUUACAAUUUUUGUAGAUGUUACAAGGUAGUUAUGCACAAAUAUUUCAUUUUUAUUCAAGUAUGAGUAUUUUGCCAAACAAGAUAAAACGUUCAUGUUAUUCCUUUCAAUAUAAUUCUGUACCACCUUGUCUAUGUACUCGGAUCCGUUAUCACGCUGAAAGAGAAAUUCGUCUCCAUAGGGCGACAAGCGUCCAGUCAAAGGGUUACAGAACGAUAGUAUAAAUAUAUACGUAAUAUUAUGCGCGCGGAGCGUUGUUUAAAAGGCAAAUGAUUCGAAUAUCACGAGUAUACGAUUAACGAUAACGAGACUAAUCCGCGGUUAGAUCUCUUUAAAACUGUUCACCCUCUGCCCAUACUUUACCCCUUUUCCGACCCUUCGGUGCCGCGAGCGACGCUGGAUAAAUCAAUGCUCGUUGGAAUUAAUAACGUUUAAUCGAUAUUUUAUAUUAUUAGACGAACCGGCGAUACGUAUUUCGGUGUAAUUACUUUAAAUGUCGUUCGACGGUGAAGACUUGUUACGAAGCGACAGCAAGCGUCGCUCGCGUGCCAGCUCGAGCAGCUAAAAAUCAAAAGCAAUUUUUUUACAACGCGCGACGAUGACUUAGAAAGAAAAAAAAAGAUGCGAUAUCAAAAUUAGAGGAAGAAGCACAGGCGAAAAGAAGGAAGCAAAGAAACUAACGAGAAAGCAACGAUCAACCGUUCGACGAAUGAUAAACUCGCGAAGGAUCAAACAUUUCUUGUCUAAAUUUCUCGUAACUUCGUCCCUCUGCUUGUUUCUACGCUCCCCGUUCGCGUCUCUCUACUUCUUACGUCCCGCGUGUGUUGAAACGUUCGUCCUCCUUCGACUUGACCUAAUUUACGCACUGCCGGUAACUUUUUCUUCUUCAACGAUCGGAAGUUGGGUGUCAUCGGAAGAUUCGCCGUGUUUCCAGGGCCGACAAGAAUGACAUCCCGGUUUCGGAUGUAGCGUUCUCCGCAGCCCGGGAGUUUCUCGCGAGCUAACGGUCGAGAAAGUCUCCGAGUUCUUCUUUGUUAGGACGGGCUCGUUACGCCAUUUUUAGACGAACCCCAUCGAGGGUGAACGCUUUAAAACUCCUGUGACGCGUUCGAUGGAACGCGACAAAAGAACUCGACGAGCGGAAUGUGUUUUAUCCGAGGAGAAAGUCGCGCACAUAUCAGUAGAACUUAGUACAUUUUAAUUGGCGUCCUUGCUUCAACUUCAUCCCCGAGGCGUUUGCUUCAACUUCUUUCUCGAGUCUCUCUAUCGGACUCGUCAGAGUCAGGGAUUCAACGACUUCGGGCGAUGAAGUUGGCUCAACGACGCUACCAAUUAGCGUGUAAUGUAGACUGUCAAUUAUUACCUGUUACAUCAGUUUCAUCUGUAACGAGUUCAACAUUGUCGACGUUUCGCGAAGAGGAAGGCAUCGUGGUUAGCGCCGAUGAUUCUCUGUGACGCUAAGAACUGUUUAAACGUGUGCUGGUUCCCAUUCGAAGAGGUUUCGAAUCUCGUGGGGCGGGAUUGGUUCCUGAUUUCAAGCGACGACAUUGAUAGAUCGUGAUUUCGAACCGAAACCGCGGCUAAUAAGGCCGAGUUCCUCGCGCUGCACGAACGUAAACAGUGUUAUUCGGAUCAAGCGCGAAAAUCGUGAUCCAAGACAAAUGAACUCUUUGCACUUCGGUGCAUUGUAUCGUCAAGCGUAUAGAAUGUUUCCUUUGAAACUGCCAAUAAAUCUGGCGAUCUAGAAUACGUGUCUGCCGUGACAAGUAAUUGCCAAGGUCUCUUACUGCAGAGAAUUAACGAGGCCUAUGCAUUAGUGUGAUUCCGAACACGAGGAUUUCUGUGACCUGUUUUCCAGUUAAAGUACGAUCGAGAGCAAGAGGAAAACAGUGUCCCAAAGCUGAGAGAAGCACGUCAAGAGAAUCCUCGCGUGUUCAGAGCUGAACGACUUUCAAUCAUUUCGUUGCAUUCGCGAGACUUUCUCGAAACCAAUAGAAAGGUCGAAGACUAAGAAGAUAGGAAAACCGAUGUCGAACGAGUGGCUGAAAAAUUACGAAGAGAAAGGCAGAGUGAGAGAGAAAGAGAACGAAUGUUUUCUGCCGUCGUAAAGUCAAUUUUAUCGUGUACGUGUGUAUAUGUGGCGGUUUGAGUGUGCGCGCGUGCGCAUCCAGCAAUACGAGCGCUGCAAGUACAGCAAAGACUGGAUAAGUGCACGAAAAUCGGGACCCAAACGUUGCAUUUAUCCAGUUGAGGUUUCUAUUCUGUGUUUACAACGUAGAAGAGGAGUGAAAGAAAGAGAGGUCCGAGGAAAAAAGCAGUCGUCAAAAGCGUAUCGAUCGAUUAGGAUCAUAUUACAUUUAUCCAGUCAAUCCUGUCUUACACUUAUCCAGUCUUUACUGUAGAUACUUCUGGUGGGAUUCACCAGAAGCUGGUUAGUCUCCGGUACGGCGGUAUGUGGUCAACAAUUCGAAGGCGGAACAAGGACGUUAAAGUUUUGGGAUUUUCACGGCCGCUGUUCGUACUAUUGCCGUAACCCGACAGGAAGCAAUUGGCCACCCAAGGUCUGCGUUAUGUUUAGCUCGUUUUCCCAAUACGCUGUCUCAACCGCGGCUAUGCGCAUAGCCGUAGGACAGGCGACGAGGAAACGUGCUAUAUCCCUUAAGCCACGUACGCACUUGAAAAAUCUUGCAUAAAGCAAUCUACGCUAGGUAUUUCAAUGUUACGGAAUUAGGUAAGCUUAGACUGGGAAACAACCACAAGUAUGAACGAGGCUUGAAACUACGGUUCGUAUGGAGAAUGUUUUACACGCGAGGAAACAAGCUACAACAACCAAUUCGUUGCGACCUGGUUAUAAGCUAGGUUUACGGAUGUUAUUUGUGUUCGUAUUAAACGUUACGACGUCUGAGUACUACUUAGUCUAGUCUGUUUGGUUCAUCAGGGAUUAAUGAUGCACCAAUAUUGAAACGGUUAUCGUACACAUCGUAGAUACAUUCCCGAUGUCUGACCACCAAAGGGGUAUUCUACACGAGUGCUCGAUCGAGGUAAUACGAGGCGAGUCGCGAGAAACAGAACACUUGAAUAUCUCUGUUGGGUUCGAAUUUCAAACUUCGAAAAUACGAAAAAUAUUAAGAACGGAAAUGUGAUGGUUAAACGAGACGAACGUGGUCAUUAUAUUUUUUUGCUCUUUAGUCAUUUUUUCAUGAACUAUCAAGGAGAUUGCAUUCUUCAACUCCUUUUAAGUGGACUAGAAAGUAAUGCCGUUUCUACGAAUCUCAAUACUCAUUUAUCGCAAUACUC